AUGCAGACAAACAAUGUAAAAAAAUUGUCAAAAAAUAAAUCUAAUGAUAAAAGUAGUUUAGAUGUCCAUAAAUUGGUGGACACAUUUCGAUGUGGAGGUCACCUAUUGAGCCGUUUAGAUCCAUUAUCAUUGAAUGAGUCCCGAAACUGGGAUGUGCUUCCAAUUGAGUUGACUCACUACGAGACAAGCGAUCAAUUGAUUGAUCCGCGAGAGUUUGUCAACAUUUCUGGCAACAAUUCAUGCAAAGUGAAGGAUUUGUUGUCUUUAUUGAAGGAGACCUACUCUGGAAACAUAAGCAUUGAGUUCAUGCACUUGAAUGAUGCCAAUGAACGACAAUGGAUUGCCAACAAAUGGGAACAUAUUGUAGGAAAUGACACUAUUUUUAGUUUAGAUGACAAAAAACGAUUGGCAAUGGAUCUGCUCAAGUCUGAACUUUUUGAUCAGUUUCUCACUAAAAAGUUUUCAUCCGUUAAGAGAUAUGGAGGAGAGGGAGCAGAGACUAUGAUAACGUUUUUUGAGCAUAUUUUUCAUGAGAGCUGUCAUCACGGGGUGACUGAUAUUGUUAUAGGAAUGCCUCACAGGGGAAGACUAAAUCUAUUAACAAAUUCUUUAAAUUAUCCGCCGGUUAUGUUAUUUCAAAAAAUGUUAGGAAAAUCAGAAUUCAAUUUACAAGAAUUGAAUGGCAUUACCGGUGAUGUCUUGUCUCAUUUGUUUACAUCAAUUGAUAGACGAAUUGAUGAUAACAAUAAAGUUCACAUUAUUUUACUGCCAAAUCCAUCACAUUUAGAAGCUAUCAGUCCUGUUGUUUGCGGUAAAGCCAGAGGUAAAGCAAUGACUAAACAGGUCGGUCCUUAUGGACAAACUGGUGAUAUAUUACCCAUUUUGGGAAUUCAAGUUCACGGCGAUGCAGCCUUCUCUGGACAGGGAAUUAUUAUGGAGACACUAGCAAUGGCUAACGUUCCUCAUUAUUCUGUUGAUGGGUCAAUACAUUUAAUAGUAAACAAUCAAAUUGGUUACACAACUCCGGGUCAGCUAAAUCACGGUCGGUCUUCAGUUUACUGUAGCGAUGCUCUCAAAAUCAUUGACAGUCCAUGUAUUCAUGUCAAUGGAGGCGAUCCGGAAAGUGUGGUAAAAGCGGCACAGUUUGCAUUGGAAUACAGACACAAAUUUAGAAAAGAUAUUGCAAUUGAUUUAGUUUGUUAUCGACAGUGGGGUCACAAUGAAUUGGAUGAUCCGACUUUUACUAAUCCUAUUAUGUACUCUAAAAUACAUUCACUUGAUAUGACUAUACCUCAGAAAUACUCAAAUCAAGUUCUCACUAAAGAAGAACAAAAAGCCAUUGUUGAUGAAUACACCGGUUUUCUCAAUAAAAAUUUCCAAGAAAUUGAUUCAUACAAAGUAAAGAAUACUAAUUUUAAUGGUGUCUGGAAUGGUAUAACUAUGGCCUCGGAUAAGACCAUUACUCGAUGGGAUACAAGUGUUUUGCCAGAAAUUUUGUAUUAUAUUUGUGGCAAAUCUAUUGAAACACCCAAAGAGUUUAAUUUACAUCAAAACUUAAAUAAAGUACUAAACGAUAGAAUCAACCGAAUCAAAGAAGGCGUUAAAAUUGAUUGGGCGACGGCUGAGGCACUUGCCUUCGGGUCACUACUGUAUCAGGGAUUUAAUGUCAGACUUUCGGGUCAAGACGUCGGAAGAGGCACUUUUAGUCAAAGACAUGUAAUGCUAGUCGACCAGAAAAGUGGUGACACAUAUAUACCAUUAAAUCAUUUAAAUGAUAACCAAAAAGGAUUUAUUGAAGUCUGCAAUUCAAUUCUUAGCGAAGAAGCAGUUCUGGCAUAUGAAUGGGGUCAUAGUAUCGACAAUCCAAACAAUUUGGUUGUAUGGGAGGCACAGUUUGGUGACUUCUUCAAUGGGGCACAAAUUAUUUUUGAUACAUUUAUUUCAUCCGGAGAAGCAAAAUGGGGUCUAUCCACAGCUUUGACACUACUAUUACCGCAUGGUAUGGAUGGUGCAGGUCCGGAGCAUUCGUCUGCAAGAAUCGAGCGCUUCCUUCAAAUGAGUGAUUCCAAAGAAAGCUCAGUAGAUUCAGAUCACAUUAACUGGUCUAUUGUCAACCCGACAACACCGGCCCAAUACUUUCAUGUACUUCGGCGCCAAUUGAUACGCAACUAUCGAAAGCCUCUGAUUGUAAUUACACCGAAAAUACUUCUUCGUCAUCCUUCCUGUGUUUCAACCAUUAAUGAAUUCAUUGAUUCGACGUUUUUCAGACCAGUAUUAAGUGAUCCAAUUGUGACAAAUCAAUCAGAUAUCAAAACUGUUGUAUUUUGUUCGGGAAAGCAUUAUUAUACCCUAAGUAAGGAAAGAGAGGAUAGAAAUGCCAAACACAUAGCUUUGGUUCGUUUGGAAGAGUUGUGUCCCUUUCCGGCUAAUGAAGUGUUGGCUCAGCUUUUGGCUUAUAAAUCAGCUAAAGAUUUCAUUUGGAGUCAAGAGGAACACCAGAAUAUGGGCGCCUGGAGUUAUGUGAGGCCACGCUUUGACGAUAUUCUCAAUUGUAAACUCCGAUAUGUGGGUCGACCAUCACUUUGCGCGCCAGCCGUCGGUAUCGGCGAAUUGCAUAAGAAAGAAAUUACAGACAUUAUCGACAAUAUCUUCAAAAAGUGA